GAAGGAAUUUAUUUAUAUUCACACAAACAAAAUAAAUAAACAUACAGAUAAAAUAAAAGAUGGACAUGUUUUUUAGUUAUGAAGGAUCACCUUCUGAAACAAUAAGUCCGCCCUCGACCGAGGACGAAUUUAUGUUAGCAUCAGCCUACCCGAAAAAACGGGCAGGUCGAAAAAUUUUUAAGGAAACGAGACAUCCCGUAUAUAGGGGUGUUCGUCAGAGGAAUUCAGGUAAAUGGGUUUGCGAACUUCGAGAACCCAACAAAAAAACCCGGAUUUGGUUGGGAACUUUCCCGACAGCUGAAAUGGCAGCUCGAGCUCAUGAUGUAGCUGCCAUGGCUCUUAGAGGUCGUCAUGGUGCUUGUCUUAACUUUGCUGAUUCGGCAUGGCGGUUACCUCUUCCCGCCUCGAAUGAUACUAAAGAUAUUCAACGUGCUGCUGCUGAGGCCGCAGAGGCGUUUCGUCCUCCGCAGCAGAUUGCAAGUACGGCGGUGCAGACUAUUUCGAACGAUACAAAUGUGAUUUAUAUGGAUGAUGAUUGUGGUUCACCUGGGUUCUUAACUGAAAUGUAUCAAGGAAUGGGAAUGAUACCUCCUCCUCUGUUAACUGGGUGGAGUAAUACUUUUGAGGAUGAAGAAAUGGAUUUGCCAUUAUGGAAUUAUUCUAUUUAAUAAAAAAAAUAUAAUAAUAGGAUUUUUUUUUGUCAUUAAAUAUGUAAAAAGUAUAAAUUUUUUUUUUUAUUUUAGAGCUUUGUAGAACAGAGUACAUAAGGUUGUAUUCUUUUUGUUAGUUAGGCUUUACCAAUUUUUUGAUUGGUAACGGAGGAUUACAAAUAAUAAUAAUAAUAAGUAGGAUAUUAUAUUUUAUUUAUUUCAUGGUAAUAUUAUUUGUAAAUUCCAAUUUCCAAACAUGUGCGUUAAAUGAAACAGAGUAUGAAAUUUUUUUUUGGUAAUA